UGACUUUGAUGUUUCCUUGUGCAUUUUAAUAAGAGAAAAAAAAAACCUCAAUCAUUCUUCUUCCAUUCACUAUAUAUCUCUAUAUAAGAUGCCAAAACUUGUUUAUUCGUGAGCUUCCCUUUCUUCAAACAUUUCACUUCUACAUUUUUCUGUACACAUUUCUGUCUCAUACUUAUACCAAUAAAUUACAGUGAAUUACGAACUCAAGAAGACCCACGUUCAUGGAUAAUCCAGUGAGUAGUUCAUGGUUCUCUGAGCUGGGAAUGGAAGAUUCAUUUUUCAAUGACCAAUAUGAUGUUAUGGAUUUUCUGGAUGAAGAAUUCCUGAACGCAAAUUUGUCCCCGGAAGGGAAUACUAAUUCCUCCACCUUCAUUCCAAUAAGCACUUGCAGUACCACUUUGUCUGCAUUUUCAACCAUGGAUGCUCCUCCAAUUAGUACUGAAAGACCGGCAAAACAGCAAAAGUCCGAUGACUUGAACUCUUCCAGUCUUGGAAACAUCCCAAAUCAUCAUAAUCAGCCAAUGAUUCUCACUUUUGGCAAUCCAGUUAUGCCCGCAGAAAUAAAUCCACAACAGAUAAAUCUUGAGGAUGAUGCCGUGUCUGAGAUUUUGAAGUCCCAUGGUUCAUUUGUAAACCUUGAGGAGGCAACCAGAAGUUCCCAGAAGAGAAAGAAAACAGGUGGCCGCACUAGGCCAGCAUCGCAAACUUAUGAUCACAUUGUAGCAGAAAGGAAGCGCCGCGAGCAGCUCAGCCAGAGAUUUGUAGCUCUGUCAACUCUAGUUCCCGGCCUCAAGAAGGAGCGAGUGAAGACGCUGGAGGAACAAGCAGCGAAACAGAACAUGGAAUCGAUGGUGCUUGUGAAGAGAUCACAGCUCCUAGUUGAAGAUGAAGGAUCAUCAGAUGAGAUGGGUGGCUCUGAUGAGCAGCCACUCCCUGAAAUUGAAGCUAAAUUAUGCAAUAAAAAUAUUCUUCUCCGAGUACACUGCCGAAAUUAUCGAGGGGUGCUGGUAAAAAUUCUUUCUGAGGUGGAAAUGCUGAAUCUUACUCUUAUCCACACAAGUGUUGCGCCAUUUGGACGUUUGGCUCUUGAUGUUACUCUUAUGGCCGAGAUGGAGAAAGAAUUCAACCUGACAAUGCAGGAAUUAGUUAAAAGUCUUCAAUCCGCCCUUCAGCGGGGCAAGCAAGGCGAUUGAAUGCUGUUCGACGUCUGGCAGUUAUCUACUAGUGCUGAUUGACAAGUAUGCAAAAAGAAAUGGCAGUGAAGACCAUGAAUGUAGACCAUGAAUGUAGGUUUAUUUGUCAAAAAUUCUUACUUUCGUAAGAAAAUGUCAGAAAGGAAGACCAUGAAUGUAGGAAGACCAAGGUACAAGGAGGUAGAAUUUAUGGAUGACCAUGACCGUCUUGAUCACGGGAUUAGACCAAAAAACAGUAUCCUCGAGGGUCUCGAGGCGUGUCAGUAUACUAAGAUAUUACCAUGUCCUCCAGAGGGAUUUUCCUGAUUGGUUUUCUACUUCUUGGCCAUCAUUACUCUCAUUUCGCUUGUGUUCCUUAAAAGAAUGGAUAAAUUUUUCUCUUGUA